GCUGUGGCAGAUGCUGCCAAGGAGGAGCCGCCGCCCUGGCGCCGGCGCAAGGAGCUCCGGCAGCGCCAGGAAAAGGCCGAUGCUUCCGUGGCCAUCGAGGAGGGCCUAGAGGUUCCCACAGCGCCGCCCAAAGAGCCAGCUCCCAGGGUCUUCGCCGUAGGCGAGAAGGUCCGGUACUGGAGCGGGACGCACAAGAAGUGGGUGGAGGCUCACGUUCAGAGAGUCAACCGCGACGCCGACGGCGUGUUGCAGUCUUACGACCUCACGGCGAGAGCGCAGGCGGAGAUUGCAAGAGUGAAGGACGCUACUACCGCCGAGGAUGCGCCAGCCCCU